ACCACCAUCCACAGAUCUUCCCCAUCGACCAGAAGCUUAACAUCUUCUUCUUCUCCUGUGGAGAGAGAAAGAGAGAGAGAGAGGGAGAUAUGGAGAUGGAGAUACCUCUCUACUUCAGAUGCCCCAUUUCAAUGGAUAUCAUGGUCGAUCCGGUGACGGCUUGCACCGGCGUGACGUACGAACGGGAAUACAUCGAGCGCUGGAUCUACGAUUGCCGGAAAACCACCUGCCCCGCCACGAUGCAGAAGCUCGAAAACCUCGAUCUCACUCCCAACCACACACUGAAACGGUUGAUAAACUCGUGGCAGUGGAGCAAUUCCCAGAGGGAUGAUCCGCGGAGCUCGUCUCCGGCCUCGUCGUCUGGCCGGAAACCUGCUGAUCCCAAGGACGUUGUUGAUAUUCUCCGGUCGAUUGAGUCUUCGCCGUUCAAGGUAUCCGCACUGAAGAAGCUGAGGGGGGUGAUUGGACCAGAGGAAGAGAAUUUCGAACUGUUUGUUCGGUGUGGGGGGAUAGAGAUCUUAAGCGGGUUGCUCUGCCAGGGCAGGAGCGAACACUUCGGCGAGAGUUUCGCCGCCCUCCGGUCGUGUGAAGAAUCUCUUUCGAUUCUUCAUGGCCUGCCACUGUCGACCAUCUCGGGAUCUCAGGUCCAGUUCUUGACUAGGCCGGAUUGUGUGAGGUCUCUGGUUUGGAUGAUCCAAACAGGGAACACUGAAUCGAGGCUCCAUGCGGUCUCGAUCCUGCGAAAGAUCACGAACAAGGGGUUCGACUGGUGCCAAAUUGGAGGAGAUCAAGAAGUAGAUAUAUUCAAGGCGCUUCUGGAGUUGCUGUCAGACGAAAUCUGCAACGAAGCCACGUCUUCUGCUCUGGACAUUCUCCUGGACUUAUUGCCCGUCUCGAGAUUGAACCGGAUCAAGGCCAUAGAGGCCGGCGCCGUCUGCAUUCUGAUCGAGCUGCUGCCGGAUUCCAGCAGAGGCCGAUGCGAGAAGAUGAUGGCAGCAGUGAAACAGCUCUGUGAAACCGCAGAAGGGAGGUCUGCGUUCGUCGACCACGCAAUGGCAGUCGCAGUUGUGACCAAGAAGAUCAUGAGAGUCUCCGAGUUGACAACGAGAUUGGGAGUGAAGAUUCUGUGGUUGAUCUGCGGGUGCUAUCCGACGAAGAGAUUUCUCGAGCAGAUGGCGGAGUACGGAGCGCUUUCCAAGCUCUGCGCGUUGCUGCAGAUCAAUGGCGGAUCAGACGGGAGCUCAACGAGGGAGAGGGCCAUGAAGAUGCUGAAGAUGCACAGGAACACGUGGAAGCGGCACCCGUGCUUCCCCGUGCAGUUGCAGGAUUUCUUCAGGCGAAAACACGGAUCUCAGUGAGAAAUUUUUUUUGGAAGGGAUCAAUCGUCUGAAGAAGAUGAACCCAACUAUUGAAUUACAACCGAAUGUAGGAAAGAAAAAAUUGCCAGGCUUUUUGCCUUUCCUAUUCAAAGAUUCAUCUUUGGAUUUCGUUCUGUGUGCAUGAAAAUGUUUUAGUUGACGUGGUUCGGUGUUCAUACGAUGUUGAAUCGUUGAAGAUCUCUCUUUCUCACUCUUCCUCUCAAUUUGCUGUUUCUUCUUCAUCGGAAUUUGCUGUUCCUUCUUGGACGCGAAAGUGGCGGCAGUACGCGAGAAACUCGAUCUAUUAUAUUAAUUAU